UCGAAGAAGCGUCAAUGUUAAAACAGGCUUAACACGUAUUACCUCCACCUUUUCGUCAGUUUCUUAUAUUACUUUCACUGGCAGACUAUUCUCUCAGUUUAUACCAAUACGUGUUAACGAAGGUGUCGACGUACCGCGGCGAAGAUGAAGAAUCUAAUGAUCACAAUCGUUUUGAUUCACUCCUGCUUGGGAGAUGUAUCACAUCUUUUGCCAGAAUAUUCAACGACUACUACAACUCCACCACCACCCCCAAGACCUUACAAUUUUAAAUAUCAGGCAGGACGACAUCCUGGAAACGUUGAUCGAGUUCAUGAAGAAAGUGGGGAUGGUUCUGGACACGUUCAAGGGUCUUAUUCUUUCGUCGAUCCUAAGCAAAAACUACGAACAGUACAAUACACAGCCGAUGAAACUGGAUUUCAUGCAUCCCUAAUAAAUUACGAGGACACGAUUGCCCAACCUGUUGAUUCUGAAGCGGUAAAACUCGCUAAGGAGAAACAUAUACGACUUUACCAAAAAAUCGCCGAAGCAAAUGCUCAUGGCGUUCCGGUAAAUCUCCCAAGGGAUUCUGCGAGUGUGGGUAGAGCGAAGGACAGACACACUCAGCUUUACCAGAAAAUCGCCGAGGAACAUGCCGCGAUUGCCGCUCAAAGAGAGGCCGAACGACUAACUUACGAGGCCACUUCUGUUGUUAACGAUGUAAAUCCAGAUCACGUGUACUGACCUUACAAUACACGUUCAUAAGAAUCACUUUAGAAACACGAUGACGUCGAGUGUUAUUUAAAA